UCUAUGCGUUACAAGCCGACGUACGGGAGGAGAUGAAGGACUAUGCGCGGAUGUAGAUGUAGAAUGACGGUACGUUUAGCCCCUUUCUCCUACAUUCUUGUGGUGUGGAUCCCUCCUCGGGUUGGCAGGUUGGAUUCAGUUGGCUGCAAUGAUCGAAAAUGGUUAGGCAUCUGUUGUGUGGGCGCAGAAGCUGCUAGAUGCGGAGUGAGGUAGAAAUAGUCAGAUAAUAAAGAAGCAAUGACCAAAGGCGUGCGACUGAUAAUCCUGCGCUCUGAAAAGGAAAGCGCCCCCCUGAAUUUACUGGGUUUUCCAUUUGUCGUGCUUGGCGCACCGCUCAUAUAUAUAUACAUGCCCGUACACUCAUGCGAUCCUGCUGGAUGCGAAUCCAGCCAGCUCUCAACCACGGAAGCUCAUUCUAGGAAAAGACGAAAAAAGCCGCGAAGUGCACGGCCAAAAACAAUUUGUUCGAUCGUCGAAUUAAAAGCGAAGAAAACAAACCCUCGAAACCUGAAGAUCGGAAACCGGACGCUAAUAAUGCUGAGGAGCCAUUGCCCACCACGCCAGAACGACGCGCGACGCGUCCCGGACCCAUAGGUCAUCAAACGCCGAAAGGCUGAUGACGACGAUAAAACGCAACGAUAAUAAUA